AUGACAACUCAAGAAGAGCCCGUUCAAGUACCUGUAUCCUAUCAAUACAACAUUGACGACGAUGGAGAUUACGAUGACAAUGACCUAAUCGAUUAUGGUCUAUCUGACGAUGAAUUGGAAUUGCAAGUAGAAUUUCAAGUAAAAGUUAUAAAAGAUGAAGAUGAAGAUGAAAUAUCAACAUCUUCAACAACAAGAAAAAGAUCAUUGGAAGAAGAAGAAUUGAAUGAUGGUGAAAUUAAAGAAGAAGAAGAAGAGGAAGGAUCAAUUGAAGAAGAAGGAUCAAUUAUUGAAGAAGGUUUGAUUACCGAGGAGCAACCCAAAGGUGAAAAGCCUAUUAUCAAACAAACCAAUGAAUCAAAUCAUUUUAAACCCAUGGCAGUGACAAAUAAUAAUACACAUCUUUAUAGAAAUCAUCAUAGAGAGUCUCCACCAUUGACACCUCCUUUGAAAUAUAUGAAUGGUGCUAAUCAACAUCAACAACAACCAUUCAAGAAACAACGUCACUCUCCAAUGAUAAAUGGACAUCAACCUCUAAUCCCUCAACAACAACAUUUACCUUUUCAACGUGGCGUUGUUCAACCGAAUAUAGUAUCACCACCAGGUGUUCGUCAUAAUGGUGGAGUAAUUCUUCAUCAUCAUCAUCAACAUAUUAAUCAUCAUCAUCAUCAACAUAGUCCCAUACACUCACCACCACCACCACAACCAAAUCAAAUGUUAAGAAAUGGUGUAAACAACAACAAGACAAUGGUACAUCCAACAUUAAUUGGUUCUCCUCCAAUUCUUCCUCUUUUACAUAAUCAUGUUAGAGUAGUACCACAACCACCACCAUCAUCACAAUUGAAAUCACCUACAAUGGUGACACUACCACAUCCAAAGGUCCCCUCACCACCACCACCACCACCAACUCCUCCUGCUCCACUAGUUGUUCAAUUGGCAAAUGGUCAAACCAUGACAGUACCUACACCAAAACCAAAUGUACCUACACCGACCAUGGUUACGACGAAAACAUCACCUAUUUUAAAUCAUCAUCCCAGAAUCAACAAUCCUCAUUACAACAUCAAUAUUACCAAUCAUUUUAAACCUCCACCAUAUGGUGGUUUAACUAGAUCAUCGUCACCAAUUGGUUUACCAGGUCCAGCUGUCGCUGCUGUUGCUGCAAAUGCAACACUUGUAAUGAAUCAAAUAAUGACCAAUAAUCUAAUGGUCAAUAAUCCAUAUAAUCAACAACCACAUAGAAUGAAUCAUCAACAUCAACGUCAUCAACACCAUCAUUUAUCACCAAUAUUAACCUCACCAACUAUGCAAUCACCACCUAUACCAUCUCAACCUUUUCAAUCGAGAAGAAAUGUAAAUAAUCAUCACCACCACCACCAAUCCCCAUCAACCAAUCAUCAUUCCAACAAUAACAAUCAAUUAACCUCAUCUUCCAAUUCAUCUCAACAAUUAACCAUUACAAACUAUCCUUCACUUUCAAAAAUUAAACAUUUAUUUGAAAAUGAAAAUGGAAUCAAAAGAUAUACAAUUAAUGAUCAAAAAAAAGAAAUAUUUGUCAUUUUUAAUGAUAUUCAUUCAGCAUCUAGUUUUAAGAGAAAAAAUCAUAGAAUAAUGAUUGAAGAUUGUCAAUUAUUAAUUAAUUUUAGUUAA